UAUUAUUUACCAGUUAUAUAUUUCAACUGAAUAGAAUAUUUUUUUAAACCUUCAAAUUUUAGGUGGAAAAGGAAAAAGUAAGUAAAUUUUUUUAAUAUUAUUACGAUUUUAUGAAUUUUCUUUAUUUCGUGCAUUAGAAAGAUCACUUUUUGAUUUUCAAAUGAGUUUUCGUAAUAAUUCGGAAUAACCCAAAAUUAAAUUAUAGUUAAAAUGGCAAAUAUUUAUGGAGCGCCAAGUCUUUAUUGUUUUCGUGGUUUUUAAUUUAUUUAAACAAUAAUUUCUACCAGAAAUAUUGUUCUUAUCGAAAAAUGAGAAAUAUCGAUUUUAUUUCUUUAAAUUUUUCGCCACUGACAGAGUAAGUCGCUUUUAAAUAUCUAAAGUAUUAUAUCUUUUUUGUGUAAUAGAAAACACUGUGGGAAAAUUGUUUUCCACAAAGUCUUUAAGUAAGUUAAAUUUUUUUUUAAAUUUUAUUAUUAUUUGGAGUAGGACCGGUAAUUGGAACCACGUAUUAGAACGAUUAAAACACAGUAAUUAGAUUUAGCGCUUAAAUUUACAUAAUGAAACUGAUAUGGCUAAUUGCACCUAGGCGUAUUUAUUUUUCUAACGUUUUUGUGAGAAGUAGAUGGGUUUGCCAAUCUACUAUCUCAGUCCAACUACCGGGUAAUAUGCAAAAACCAUGCUUACGCAGAAUAAGUAAAACUAGCUUAGUGUUAUGAACCUCUGGCUUAUAUAUAGUAAUAUAGUACAGUAAUGUUGACUCGGGAUUUGUUAAAGUCGGCUUCCGCCACCACCGCUGGUUGAUGGCGGCAGCGGCAGUCGUGUCAGAUAUACAGCUAAUAAAUAACGCAUGUAAACGUCUCUUUAAAUAUUGUAAUUAUUUUACUUAUGAGUUUUCUUUAAAUAAAAUUAAACUUCAUUCCACAUUCGAUAGUAUUUUGGCAUUCUGAAAUAACACAAAACCUGAGGACGAACUUAAAAAAGUUACCGUCCAGUCGGAACCAACCGACGGCGCAUAACAAGAGGAGUAAACUGAAUAAUAAUGGUCAGCAAAUAAAUUAACAAUUUAUAGAACUACAUUUAUGAGAGAGGUCAUAAAAAGGUAAUACUAAAAAGACAAGGUCAGAACUAACUUGACUAGAGGAGUAAACUGAAGAAAAAUUGUCAGAAAACAAAUUAACAGUUUCUACUCACAAGUAAAAUCAUAUCCAUUCAAUGAAAUAAUUUGAAAUAGGCUUAGAAAAGCGGUUCUUACAAAUGACACUCCAGAAAUCUUUGGGUGCCUUGGUCAAAGAUUUUUCAGUGCGUUCGACAAAGCAUUUAAAGCAUUUCUUUCAUUUGUAUUUAUACUUAGUACGAAGUAAAGAAAAAUUACGGUAGUUAGCUUGAUCGAAAGAAGAUUUGUAUUUAGCAUGAAUGACUUUUUUCCUGUACACUAAGUCCUUGAGUUUCAAAGACCCCCAGUUGAAAAAGUGGAUUAGUAAAAGGGAAAGACUGAUACAAAACGAAUAUCGCAUAUUUAGAGAUAUAUUAAGACAUAUAGACAUUAUAUAUGUCUAUAUGUCUAUAUGUCCUUAUAUUAAUCUUUAUCGCAUAUAUCAGAACUCUAUUUUUGUUCUUACUGAUCAAUGCACAAUAUAACAAAUUUGUGUUCAGCAGAAACAAUUUAAUUUGUAUUGUUAACUUUUGUACAAUAAUGAAUUUACUUACAAACGUAAUUGAAUACAUCAAAUAUUAAAAAUUAGAAAUGCUUAUAUCUCACUUACAAAUUAAAAUAACGAAAAACACCGAUUUAGGGACACAGUUUACGUUGUUAACUUUUAUUUCAAUAUUAAGUAAAUUCACUCUAAUAUUAAAUUUAAUAUACAAGUUUAUUUCUGAUAAACUCAAGGUGAGUCAGAGGGAAAAAUCGAAUAGUGCGCAGAUACUCUCUUAAUAGAUUUAUUGAAAAAUUGUCUAGGUUAUUUAGAAAGUCUAUUUUUCGUUUUAAAAUUUAAUAAUUCAAAUAAAUAUAAGUGUAAUUUAAUUGAUGGUUAUUCUUAAAAAAAGAAUAAUAUUUUAAUUUUGAAGAUUUUUUAAACUGAAAAUUAAAAAUCAAAUAUCUAUAUAACAAAUUAUCAACAAAAUCAUAUAAGUUUCAAGAACUAAAAUUAAACAUUGAAAUAUAUUUCUAGUUCUUAUUUUUUAUUGAACUAUAACAUAUACAAAUUAUGUCUGUUUCAACUCCCUUGAAUAAUCCAACGCUAUUGAUAUAUAAAUUGUGUAUCGAUACUUACAUAAAAAUAUUUGUAUACCCACCCGCUGUGUGAGUUUUAUUUUUCUAACAAAAUUAUCAUGUUUUGCCUACAAUCAUAGAAUUAUGUAUUACUUUUUCGAAUAAUGAAUGACCCCUAUAUUUAUUACAUCAACAAAUUUUUUUCUAAAUACCGAGUACUCGGCUUUUAUCAAAUUCCAAACCUCUAAGUCACACUUUUAUAAAUAUAAAUAAUUUUAUACAUGUUGUAUGAGCAUAACAUCAUAAAAGAAAAAACGAAAAAUAAGAUUUUUUUUCAAAUUAACGCACAACGAUUCCGUUAUUUUAAAUUUUUAAGUUUUCUGAUUUCAACCAGACAUAUCGGUCAAAUUGAAAAAAAAAACAGGACAUCAAUUUUAUUGUAUUAUUAAUAAAGUUGGUGAAAAAGAAAGUUGUUUUUUGAUUUUCUAUGUAGUUUUUUAAAUAUUGAGAAGUUGAAAAAUACGUGAAAAUGAAGGAAAAAUUUAAGAGAUUAGUUAUAUUAUUAUUUUUUUUUUUUUUUUUAAUCAGUUAAAAAUAUUCGUAGGGGCUCGUAAUAUUUUGAUAUUAAAUUUAUGAUUGCUUUUGAGCCAAUUCAAUUUUGCUAAUUUUUUAAGUAAUUUUUUUUUUAGUACAUAUGCACUUUAUAGAAAAAAUUGUUAUUUUUAAAUUGACUUAUCAGACAUUAUUGAACAUUACAAGUUGUACACAGUAAUCAAAAAUAAAAAAAUUGAGUGUUCAAUAUAUUCUAUCUCUUAAUAUUGAAUUUUUGUUUUAUUAUUUUUGUAGAUACAGUAACUUCAUAUUUAUCUAGGACUACUUCAUUAAGUACAAAAAGUAAAUAAAUUUCAUUUAUAUAUAUAUACCAGGUAAUUUAUUUAAGUAGGUACACUCAUUACCUCAGAAAGUAUUAACUUUUCUGGAUUUUUUUUUCUAGAACUUUUAAGAAACAAGCUACUUUACAAUUUUAUAUUUGUGUUAUUUUUUGUCACCCUUAUUUUUGGGGAUGAAUUCAGGUUGGAAGAGAGUAGUGGAGUAUCAUUUAUGUGGUAGUACAGUUAAUAAUGCACCACUGUUCUUCUUCAACCUAAACUUAAAAGUGGAGUAUCUCGUCAACGGCUUGACAGAAAUCAAAAAUGUCAACACUCAAAUUUAUUUUAACUAAUGCUCCACUUAUUUAUAGAUAUUUUAAUAUAGAUUGCCAUUUGAAAGUCAAAAGUAGAUAGUGAAUUUACCUUCUAAAAAUAAGGGCGACAAAAAAUAAUAUGAAUAUUAAAUUGUAAAGUAGCUUGAUUUUUAAAUGUCCUAGAAAACAAAUCCCGAAAAAGUUAUUACUUUCUGAGAUAAUGAGUGUACCUACUUAAAUGGAUCAUCCAGUAUAUUUAUAUAUAAUAGAGAUAUUAAUACAUUUUAUUUAUUGCAACACUACAGUAGGUUUAUAUCAAUUAAAUUGAAAGAAUUAAUGUAUUUCAUGAAUUAUAUAUAACAAUAUAUAUUUAUAUAUAAGCAUGACAAACAAUAAUGAGAAAAGUUGUUUAUGAAAAACAUUCAUAAGGACUGAAAACAUCAUAUAUAACUUAAAUUAUGUGGAACAUCCCACACUCAACAAUGUUUUAAUCUUUAAAUAUAUCCCUUUAAAUCGUUUUUUUUUUCUUUGCUAUAAUCUUGUGAGGCUAUAGUAUAUAUAUAAUAUAUAUUAAUUCUACCUUGUUUAAUGGGAUUCUACCAUAAUGUCAGUUAAAAAAAUGACCGAAAGUAAACAUUUCUGGAGGUAAAAAAAUUAAUUUCCUACAUAAUUAUUAUUUAUAUAUAUAAUUAAUAAAUUAAAUACAAUUUUAAUACGUAAUAAUAAUAUUAAUAAGUAUAAUAAUCAUUUUAAUUUGGUCUUAAAAUUAAAACGACAAUAUUAAAAUUGGCUAAAAAUUUAUUAUUCCAAUCUACUAUACAAUUUAAUUUAAUUUUUUUAAUUAAAGGAUAUGUAUUUCAAAAAGUUUUUAUACAUAUUUUUGGUGUUUCGAUAUUUUUUCUUUGACCUUUUAGCUGAGUGGGAAUGUGAAAAUGAUUUUGAAAACCUAAGAUUCCAUCCUUCAGUUUUGUUGUUAGUUAUAUAGCUAUACCUACAAUGUGCAAGCUGGGCAUUUUUACCUCAGAACAUUUUUAUCUUUUGACAUUCUUACCUCCAGACAUUUUUACCUAGAAUCUGUUUAAUAUACCUAGUUUCUUUAAAUGAAUCCGAUGGUCAGAGGCAGAUUGGCCAACGGGAAUGUAAAAAUCUAGUCCCUCAAUUUUCGUCUUAGUCCAAUCAUUUCUUUUUAGAUUUCGCAGAAUAUAGAAAUAAUUGUAUUGGUCUUACUAAAAGACAUGCUUUAUUUAUUUAUAUUAUUUUUAUCAGUCUGUUCACAAAUUAUCUACCAAAAACCUUGCUCCGUUUUUCAAGUAAAUGAUCUUAUAUUACUUACAAACUAUAUAAAACAAAAACAAAAUCAAAAAAAUUAAAACCAUUAUUUCUGUUUUCACCCAGAGAGAUGUUUCUCAUUAACUCUCGUUGUCCAUUGCUGAGAUUGUAAAUACAGUUGUAUAUACUAUUGUGAAGUUGAUAUAUUUCUCAAAAAUAUUCUAUCAAAUCGAUAUGGGUCAGAAGUUAAUAAUUUUUGUAGAAUCUGUAGCUGGCAAUAAAAUUAAGUAAAUUGUAUACAUAGAGUGAUUCACUAUGUGUAGUUAAAUACGAUAUUUACGAAUACUUAGAUUUUUCACAUUUUGGGAGUAUCAUGUAGUGAUACCAACUUUGGUUUUCCAAAUGUAAACCUAUAUUUUAAAUACGGUACAAAGACGGAGCAUUACUUUAAAUCAAUUUUGGCAUCAAAAUUGUUGAUUUCCGUAAACUUAUAAACGAGAUAUUUCAUUUUUAAAUUUAGGUAGGGAGAACGUAGUGCGGUAUCAUUUAGGUUUAUGUCAAAAUUUUGAACGGCAAGUUUUUGAACAGCAAAAUAAUAAAUCGAAAAACUGGCGAAUCGUAAACGACAAAAUCUUGAACAUCAAACAUUUGAACGACAAUCCUUAAAUAGUAAACAUUUGAAUGAUAAAAUCAUAAACAGCAAAAUGUUGAAAAAAUAAUUCCGCAAUAUGUUGAUCAGCAAAAUCUUGCACAGUAAACACUUGAAAAAUAUUUUCGGCAAAAUAUUGAACGAUAAACUAUGAAGGUAUCGGUUCAAGAUUUUGCCGUUUAAAUGUUUGCCAUUUUAAGGUUUUAAUAAGUUUUUCCAUUAAAAUAUUUACUAUUCAAAAUGUUGCCGACUUUUAUAUCAUUCAUGAUUUUGUAAAAAAUCUAAGUGUUCAAAAAUAUCAACUAUUAAUACACUGAAAAUUCAAAUAAUUAGAAUUUGAACACACAAACAAUUAGUGUAUGCAAAAUGUAACCAAAAUAUUGGGUAAGAAUUCUUAGUGAAUUACUCUGUAUAUUAUUAUUGUGGUUUAACCAUAUAUUACAUUAUCAUUGUACUCAUUGUAAAUUGGAUGCAGACUUGUAACUAUCAUUAAAUUAAAAUAAAUUUUAGUAAUCAAGUACUUUUUAUUUAGAUAAAAAACAAAAAUAUUUUAGAUUCAAAGUAGAAAGAAAUCUAUUGAUUUUAUAAUGAAGUGUGUUUUUGUAUUUUUUUUUUUAUUGUCUAUAUACAACAAUUUACCAGUAAUAAUGCUCAAAUCUAUCAUGUGUACAACCUUUACUGAAAAGAACUUUUAUCUAGUUGGAACUCUAGAAUGGUCAUCUUUGGAUUUUCUAAUGGAUUAAAAAAAUAAUUAGGAAAACCCCGAAUGAUAAUUGUCUUUAAAACGGCAAACACUUACGUGUGUUCGCAAUUUCAUUAUUUCUAAGCCGAGAAGCACAAUUUGAAUACCUCUGAAAUAUAACAUAAUUUUUCGUGGAAUGUGAAUAGUCACUCUAUCUUAGUAUCAAUAAUUAUAUUUGCGUAUGUAUUUUUCAGUGACAGAAAAAGCAAAAAGAACUAGUAUGUAAAAUAAUUAUUCAUAAUUUAUCUUUAAAUACGCAUAAUAUCCGCUUAAACUUUUAUAUAGAAUACUGUUUACUGUAUACUGUUUGAUUAUUUUGAAUUUUAUUAUCAGCAGUGCCCAAUAUUUUGUAUAUAAUUUAUAAACUUUAAUUUAUCUAGAUAAAAGUGAAAGAUAAUUUGCUAGAUUUGUUCUAGAUUUAAUAGAAGUAUACAUUUGUAUAAAAUAUGAUUGUUUCUACCUUGUUUGAUGGGAUUCUAAUAAUAAUUAUUAUAUUUUCGUUUAUACAUUCCACUAAUUUUGUCUAUAAUAUUCUUCAAAUGAAAACGCACCGCGUUGCGCAUCGUUAUCAACGGCAGAACAACAUCCUACUGCUACAAUCUUAGUAAUUGUUCUCUAACUUGUCGCCAUCAUCGGGUGCUAUCAACGCAACUGUGCACACAGAGAAUUAAAUUAGUUCAAUUAUUGGAGUGUACGAACGGUCGUUAAAUGUUGUGUAAUAUAGCUUAUUACGUAUACCUAGUACUGCGACUGACGGUGGCUAAAACUGCCGGGAAGGUGCUCAUAUGCUCAUAUGCUCAAGUUUCAACCGAUUUUUAUCGGCCACCCGGUGCGUUCUCGUUUUAAAAAUAAUAUAGCAUCCCUAGUUACAUGGUUUUCGUGAGAAUAAAAUGUACAAUCAUGAACUUGAUUUCUUACAAAAAAAUUUUUUCAAACUCAUUUUACUUUAAUCAACAAUCAAAUGUCAUCUUAAACGAUUUUGAAAACGUUUUUUAGAAUUGACGACUUACUUUUAAUUUUUAAAACGUAAAAGACAUUUGAUUUUUAAUACCUCUUUUAUUCUAGCUUAUUUAUUUCUAACCAAUAAUAAACUGUUUGUAAAACAAACCUUUUUAUCAUAAAACCCAUGUCUUUUUAUUUCAAGUGAUCACCUCUCUCCUUUUCAUUUUCAUUUGUUUAUAAAUGAUAUUGUUUUAAUUUUAAAUUUUCAAAUUUUCAUGUAUUUUGCUCUGUGCCAACAAAGCAAACGUUUUUAAAUUAACCAAUUGACUUUUAUCUUUAAUAAAUGCAAUUCUGUUUUUUUUUCGAAAAUAUGUAACUACCCAAAUUUUAAUUUUAAACUUUUUAAUAAUUUAUUAAAUCGGACAUCUCAGAUCAACUUAAACGCUUGCCACAUUAUUCUAUUAAUAUUAACCGUUAAUACCUUGAGUAAUAGUAUUUUAAAUUAUUAAAUUUGUAUUUAACCUUCUACCGGUUGUACGGUUAUUUUUUAUACUUUGUAGCGUAUGGGGUUUUGGCUAUUUUUAAUACACACAUUUUUUUUUUAGAUUUUAUUUAAUUGUUUUAUUUAAUUUUAGACUCACAAUCAAUUAAAGGUACUAUAAAUAUAUUGAAAAUAAAUCUAUUAUUUAUAAUUUUAUUAUAUAUACAUGUUGAUUCACUAAACAUGCUCAAUUUUUUUUUUUUUUUGCUAAAUUUUGCAUACCAUACAUUUAAAAUACUGGUUUUUGUAAUUUUCAAGUUUAGUUCAAACCGAUAAUUAUGAAUACUUAGAAUUUUCACACCGUUUAGAUAGUAUUAUGUAGCGAUACCAACUUUAGUUUUUUAAAUGUAAAACUACAUUACAAAUUCCGUAAAAAGAUGGAAUAUUACUUUAAAUCUGUGAACCCGAAAUCGAGUUAUUUCAUUAUUAAAUUUUGGUAGGGAGAGAAUAGUGCGUGUCAUUUAAGUUUACGUCAAAAUUUUGAUCGUCAAAUUUUUGAACUGCAAAAUAUUGAAUCGAAAAAACCGGUGAAAUUUUAAACUGCAAAAGUUUCUACAAGUGUAAAAAUAUUAUUGUGAUUAUUGUGAAUAUUAAAAUGUUAAAUGAACCAAUAAAUUUUUUAAUAAAUUAAAGUUGUUUUUAUUGAUAUAUAAUGUUGUAUAAAGUAUGGAAUGGUUGCUCAAAUUUUUACUAAAUUCUGUUAUUAAAAAUCUAUUUUUCAGACUUUACUUUUGACCAAAGGAACUAUAACUUUCUCCGUAAAGGUAUGUGAAUUAAUAUUAAAUUUUUUAUAAUUAUAUAUAUAUAAUAUACGCAAUUUAUUUAAUUUGUACUUUUUAGGACUUUUAUCAUUAAUAAUGUCAGUAGUGUUUUAAAAAUAUAAGUUUUGAAUUACUUAUCUAGAUAAAAAAGAGAAAUAAUUAUAGCUUAGGACACUUUUAGAUUUAUCAUAAUUUAUCAGGAUUCAAAAUAUUUAUUUAGAUGAUUUAAUUAUUUUUCCACAGUAAAAUCUUAAAUAACUUAGACAAAACAUAAUGUAUUUCCCACGUUUGGGUAAUAUUAAGUAUGAAUAACAAACUCUCUAACACAUACCUUUUAAAUAAGAACCCACUGCCAUCCAUAGAAGACAUAUUUUUUUAAUUCAGCAGCAAACUCAAUGUUCACACAUCUAUUAAAAACAAAAUCACAUUCCUAAAACGUUGUACUUGGCUUUAGCAAAUUCAACUAAACACCAACCUUUUAAGGCAAAACAUACACAAAACAACCCAAAUAUUUUCGCUUUACGCUUUCGGUUUGGUGAAAUUAUCCAAGAUAAAUUUCUUCACUUCACCAAAUUGUAUACCGAUACAUCUAAAUCUAUAUAAGGAAAAGUUUUUGCAGUUAUCCAAAACAAAAUCAUACUUCUUUAAAAGCUCACUCCAGAAACUAUAAUAUUUUCAGUUGUACUCCAAGCAUUCUAUGAAACAAUCAUUUUAGCCAACAUCAACUCUUCUAACCCCAAACCAAUUUUAAGUGACUCACUCAGUGCUCUACUAGUUUUAAAAAAUCCCCUACCUUCAAAUAAAACUACCUAAAACAACUAAAAAGUAUAAAAAUCAACCCAAAAAUCAUUAAAUAUAUAUGAAUAUACCAUCACAUGUAAGUAUAAUAACCGGAAACGAAAUUUUUGAUAAGCCAACUGACUUCGCAACCAGAAUAAUCCCCUCUCCACCAGUAACUGACUUACUGACAAAUGACAUCAAAAAGAAUAUCAAAUUAAAAGUACUCACUAUGUGGGAAAAUUAUUUUGACUCCAUCCUAUUCAUUAAUAAAUUCAAAACUAUUAAGAAAAAUAAAAAAAGAUUACUAUUUUCUCGUCACUACAACAGAUGACAGGAAGUUGUAGUUGUCAUUACGAGAGCUAAAAUAGGAUACUACUUCACAACUGACUCUUUUCUCGUUAGAAAAAAUCGUCCACCCAUAUGCGAUUAAUGCCAAGCUGACCUGUGAGUCCAUCAUAUUUUCCAAAAUUGUAGUACCAGGAUAUACGGAUCAAUGUCUCUAAACACCCAAUAUGAAAGAAGUUCUCAAUAAAAAAAAACACCUCCAAAGUAAUGAAAUUCUUAACAAAAACUAAACUUAUAAUCACUAUAAUACAAUAAUACUUAUAAAACCUUUAAAAUAUAUACAUAAAUUAUUUAUUUAUACAUUUAAUCACGAAUGUUAACUAUUUAAUAAUUUUGUUUUUACUUUAUUAUUUUAUUACUUUCUAAAACUUUAAAAAUCUAAUACCCUAGUUACCUAAGUAACAAAGAUUGUACUCAGAUUAAUAAUCCAUUAAGUUGAAGCAUUGUUUAUACCUAUAUCUAAAUAGAACAACAACGAACGCCACUAUAUUAAUAUAAUAUAAUAAACCCUAUUUAUUACAAAAUACAAAACUAAUUUCUUUUUUCUUAACCUGUAUUCUUCUUAAGCUAUUUAUUUUAAUUAUGUUCAUAGAACUGAGACCAAAUGAAGGUAAUUAUAUAUUAUUUGUUAAGCUUUAUAGUAUUUAUUGUAUGUGAUCACUUAGUUUUCUUGUUUUCCGUUCCCUUUUUAUUUCUCUGUUUCCUCGCUACAUUUAAUUUACUGUAUUUAUACUAGCUUUACAUUCAACCUAUAUUUUAUGUAACUAGUUAUUAGUCUUUCCUAUCUCGUUUUUAUCUCGUUGUUUACUUCUUUACUGUAAAUUAUCGAAAUUCCUCAUUUUACUACCAAAAAAAUUACUCCGAUACGAUGUAGACUCUUUUUUGAAAGGAAAUUUUUUUGGGGUGGCACUUUAAGAUGGUCACUUUUCGAUUUUCCCAAGAGUUUUCCCAACAAAUGUGAAAAACCGAGAAAAUAUUAAACAAUAUUAAAUGAAUAUUACUAAAGAAAAUAUAUAAAUCCUAUUAUUUUAUUAUAAUAUGGCUUAUACAUCGUUAACAAAGCAUCACUAUCAAUUGAACUCCGCUUAGAAAAAUUCUUUAGUUAGCAAUGGUUUAUCGUUUCAUAUACAGAUGUACAUAAAAUUCCCUUAUGUAUCCUACCUUCCUAACUUCCUACCUGCAACAGCGGCUGCACCCAUGUACGAAGUAUGUCCGUUUUUUUUAAACUUUGUUUUCUAUAAGAAAUAUUAUUUUAAUCUAAACUGUUAAGAGAUCAUUUUAGUCGAAGAAGGUCCUUUUCUGAAUUUUGUCAAUAGUUAAUUUAAUAAUUGAGCAAUAUCGGGCAAAAACGUAAAAAGAAUCGGACAAUUUACAAAAUUAAUUAUUUUAUUAUUUUGAAUUUAGUGUUUUAUUGUAAUUCAGUUCAAAAUAUUUGUAAGACUUGCAAUUUUGACAAAAAACUUAUACUUACUUUUUCUAGCUGGGUUAAAAAUUUCAAAAUAUUUCAAACCAUUUUGAGUUUUUUACGAAAUUAAUAUUUGAUAGAUUUUUUUGUUUUAGUAUUCAAUCCGUAAGUUGGUCUACAAUGAAUGUUCUCUCUAUGAUUAUUUAUCUUGUACAAUAUAUUUGAAUUAUUUAUAUAAAUCAACUCUAUUACAUCUUUGAUUAUUUGACUUAUAUUGGCUUCCCUUUGGCGCUUCUCUUCUAUUAUAUCUUCCAAUAUAAUGAUAUAAUAAAUCCUUCAUUGUAUCUGAGCGUGUAACCUAUCAAAUGCCAUCGUCUUUUAUUCUUGAUCUUAAUUUGUAUAGUAAAUAUCUCUUUUUCUCUAUUUAAUCUAAAACUUCUUUUUUUGACUUUAUUUCUGUCCAUUUUACUUUUUACAUAAGUCAAAUAGCUAUUAAAAUGUAGUAAUGUUAUAACAGAGGUGUCAUCAAAUGGCUGACUGAUUUCGUACAUACCUAAAGGUAUUUUACCUUAAGUUCCCCUAUAAUAAUAAUUAAUGAGUAACUUUUUUUCAGAUUCAAAUAAAGGAUAUUUUGGACACGUGUUCUUUAAUAUUUGUAAGCAAAUUAACAUUUAAAUAUUUAUCAUUUUUUCAUACAAGUGACCUUUGACAUUACUAUUAAAUUAAAUCUUUAUAAAUGUUGGUAAGAAUAUUUAUCAUUAGGAAUAUCAGUACUAUAUACAUUUUAAAUUAUCUAGAUAAUGAUGAGAUUAAUUUCCAAAAAUUAUUUUGGUUUCAUCCAAAUAUACUUAAAUCUAUAAAUAUAUGCAAAUAUAUCUAUUAGUUACAAGGAAUUCAAAUAACCCUUAAGACAAAUAUACCAAUAUCGAUAUUUGUUCCGACUCUCUCAGUACAUUGUUUAAUUUGGAAAAAAAUGCACGGACAUAUUCUUCGAUCAUAAAAAUGAACAAUUUGACUUACGAAUCUAAUAAAUUCAUUUAUUUUAUAUGGACACCAGACCAUUGUAACAUCCAGGAUAACGAGAAAACAAAUAAAGCAACCUAAAAACAAUUAAUCAUCUAAUAGCGAAUUAAUUUUUUGUCACUAGUUGACACAUAUGAAAAUAUUGAUGUACACUGUGCUAAUUUAUGGAACUCAGAAUGGCACCUAAUUAUAGAAAACAAGUUUCGAGAAGUUAAACACUCGAUUGAACUCUGACCGAAACUCUACAAUCUUAGCUGAAAAGAAGAAGUCAUAUUAAACAGACUAGGAAUUGGCCAUACUACAAUCACACAUGGAUAACUAAUAGAAAAAACGGAGCCUCCUUCAUGUAACACAAGUAUCACUAUUGAACACAUACUGUUCAAUUUUGACUGAUGCCAGGGAAGAAUGACAAAUUCCAGAUAACCUGUAUAAAGAAAUUAUACCAUAUGCUGAUACCAAAAUAAAAUUGAAAUGUACAAUAAAAUAUAAUUUAUUCUCAUGUAAACAACUCUUCUUUUUCCAAUAAACUAAUCCAAAAUUGUAAGCUAAUAAUUUUUAGUUUAUGCUGAAACAACAAAUAAUAAAAAAAAAAGUUUAAUCGCCUUUUUACUUAUUGAAAGUUUGAAUAUUCGGCUAAUUCCGGGCUAUUUUUAUAAUUUCACAACAGCAAACAACUAAUUUAACAAAAAUAAACAAUAUUUAAUAUAUGUAUUUAUAAUUAUAUUCAAUAAUAUUUCUAACUUAAUAUGAUAAAUAAUGUUAAAUUAAAUUCGCAGAUAUGAAUUGUAAAAAUCAAGAGUUCUGCCGGCCACGGCGCCCGCUGAAUUCGUUGCGCCCUUAGUCCUAAAUCUGGCCCUGAUUAUUUAUAUUAUGUAUAAAUAAAACAUUGAUAAUUGAAAUCUACUUAAUAAUUUACUAAUUGUUGUAUGUCAACUCUAUAUAAAUAUAAUAAUAUAAUUAUAAUAUUAUAGCACUUACUUACAUCGAUAGAGCAAGUAAGUACAGUAUAACAAGUCUGUUUAAUAACUCUUAUAUUUUGACGGAUAGGUUAGUAUUUUUAUUUAUAACACAAAGAAAAUAGAAAGAAAAAUGUCAAGUUUUUAUUUUUAUUUUUAAACCGAAAAACUCUAUAAGAUUUUAAAUAUAAUAAUUUUCUGCGAUCUUAUUAUGCAUUCUACAUUUCUAUCGAGUAUUUCUAUACAAUUGAUUAAUCGUAAUUUAUUUAAAUAAAAAACUGUCGAAUUGAGUAUUUAUUUAGGUAUUUAUGAAUGUUAAUAUUAAGUAGUUUUAAUUAUAGUAAAUAAAUAUAAAUACAAGAUUAUAUUUUAUAGGUGACGCAUAUAAUUAUGUUCAACGCCUGAUGGAUUUUUCGAAUUUAAAUGGUAUUUUUACGUGAAUUAAUAAUAAUAAUAGUAAUAAUAAUAUUAUUAUUAUUAUUAGACAACAGUUAUUUUUCUCGCUUAAACACGACAAUGAUAAUAUGACAGACAGUUCGGAUAUCCGAAUGAAGAACUAUUGUAAGUUCGGAAUUCCUAUCUGUUAACAUCAUUUCGUCUUUUAUGAUAAGUAAGAGUUACUAAGGUCCUAUUCUUACCUCGAAUCCCCUAAGAGCAGUUAGAUAAUAUAUUAAAAGUUGUACUGGACUUAAAUUGCGAAAAAAAUAAUAGAACUAUAUUAGUUAAAAUAUAAAUAUACUUACCUAAGUUGCCGGCAACUUAUAUAACACCGUUAAAACCUUGUCUUAACAACGAAACAAGAAAACAAUCUUUAUAAAUAUAAGUUAUCAAUACUUUUAGAUUUUGAAGCAUAGCAACUAGCAAGGAAUCUAUUGGUUUUACUUUGAUGUGUGAUUUUUCUUAUUUUUUUUCUGUCUAUAAAGAACUUUUUGAAAAUAAAUCUUGCUCUGAUGUUAUACAUUGGAGUACAGUACCUUUUCUGAAAGGAAAUUUUUCAAGGGGUUUUCGAAAUAAUUGGAAAAGACCCGAAUGAAAAAUCAUUGAGAAAAACAUGAAUGAAAAAUAAUAGGUAAAAUGGCAAAUAUUUACGGUGCCCCGCGGCGUUACCGAUAUCAUUGUUUUUAACUUUUGCAAUGUAUGUUUUCUACCAGAAAUAUUAUUUCAAUGGAAAAAUGACAAUGUAUCGAUUUUUAAUUCUUUUAAUAUAUAACAAUUGAAACUUAGUUGUUUAAUAAUAUCUAAAGUAUUCUUUAUUAUAAUUGGGAACAACCAAAAAAGACAAAAAAUACGAUUUUUUUCAAAUUACGGCACUACGAUUUCAUAAUUUUAAAUGUAUAAUCUUUUCGUUUUCUACUAGAAAUAUCGCUCCAAUAGAAACACAACAAAUAUCUUUUCUGUUAAAUUUCUAAUCUAGUUAGGGAUGAAUAAAGUCGGUUUUUGAUUUUCAUUGUAGUUUUUUUAAUAAUUAAGCAAAACCGAAAAAUAAGAAGAAAUUAAGGGCAAAUGUACGAAAAUGUAAUAUUCUUUAUUAUUUUAAAUUUUGUUUUAGAUUCCGAGCGUAGCAAGAUGUUUAUUUUUUUUCUUUCGUUCUUUCUUUCUUUAUUCUAGUCGGUGGACACGGUUUUUCCUAGUAAACUUGCUCCGGUUUUUACAUAUAACAACUUUUAUGAAAGCUAAAGUUGUCUAUAUUGUAAUUCAUUUUUUGAUUUUUAACGCCAUUUUUUAAUUAAAAGCACUUCGGUGGAAAAACUUAUAAUUUCACGAUAACAUUAUUUUAUAAAAACGAAGCCGACGUUUUCUACCAGAAAUAAUGAUUUAAUCGAAAAAUCACAAGAUACCUUUUUUGUUGCUUUUUUGAUUUACCUUUUUAUGGUGUCAUUGUCAAAAGGUGAGACACAUUUGAUCUUUUAUGGAAUUUUAAUUUUUAGGAGUUUUGCUAUAAUUUGGUUAUAAAAACACGUAGAGACUCGAAACUUGGUAAUAAUACUUAUAUUAGACUUACUUAGACGUAGUAAAAUUUCCAAAAUCAUCGAACGACUUUUUUAAUAAGCGUUUUGAAAUUAAAUUUAAACGAAAAUCUCAAAAAAAAUUACGGUACUUCAAAUUAUGUGUUCAGUCGCAUCUGUCCAGCUGUUCACGCGAUAACCUAAACACAGGCCACCGACGUAGCUACGACCGUUUUUACUACCUACGUUCGGCGCGCGUUGUUCAGUACCGUACACCGUCUACCGUCAACCGUCAACCAUAUAUAGACCACCGUCUACCGUUAACCGUUCCGGGAUUGCUUGCUGUCGCUACUACGGUUUUUAUAACGUUUUUUUUUUUUUUUUUUGUUACUUAAUUUAUUUAUAUUCUUAAGUCAUUUUAUCCACUAGCUGGCCAGCACCUUUUGUGCACCCUAUAUUUGUUACUUGUAUAUAUUUUGUUUACAUUUUUAAUAGUACGCCGUUUUUUCCGGCAUUACAGAAUAAUAGAUCGUGUUCGCUUAAUUUCCACCGUAGGUACCUACCUAAUAACUAACCGUAAUAAUACAUUAUAGUUUAUACAGUCCACUUCAUCGAAUUAUACAUCAUUAUGUAUUACCGAAUUGCACUCGGAAUAGUCUUUCGGUAAGCAAUGGUUUGUCGUUGCUUACAGAUAUAAAUGAAAUAACCUUAUGUAUCUUACCUUCCCAACUUCUCACCUACAACAGUAGCCGCUUCCAUGCCCGAUAUCAGUUCUUUUUUUAAUUUAAUUCAGUUAAACAUUAUCGUACACUUUAUUUUUUAAUAGAAAACUUAUAUUUGUUUUUUUUUAGAUGUGAUAGAAUUUUUAAAAUAUUUGAGUCAUUUCUAAACUGAAAUUUAGAAAUAGAAUAAAAAUUUUAAAUCUAUAAAUUAUUUACGGAAUUUUUAUUUUGGUAGAUAGGUACUUACUAUGUGGAUAAAAUUGUUUGACUAAACAGAAAUGCAUGCAAAUUUGACAAGGAUUUCUUUUUUUUAAGAAUUUUAAAAUUAAAUUUUGACGAAAACCAUAAAUAUUAUAGCUUUUCAAAACAUAUUCAACCUAACUCUAUUUAGAGUCGUCUUUCGUUAGCAAUGAUUAGUAUCAUAAAAAUAGAUAGUUUAUAUAUUUAUACUUAAAAAUAUUUUAUUUUUGAGGAAAUAACCUUCUUUUGGUGUCUCUUAGAUAACUCUAAUAGACUUUAAAGAAAAUUUAAAAUCGAGAAUAAAAAAAACGCACAUACUUCACACGUGGGUGGGCCAAUAUUUUAGGUGAGAAGUUUUGAAUAUAGGAUGGAAAUUUAAUAAAUAUCUGUACGCAUUAAUUAAUCAUUACUAAUGAAAAAUUAUUCUGACCGGAAUUCGGUUUAUAGUGUUGCUUUUUCAACAAUACAUAUAUCAUAAUAUUAUGGUAAAAUAAUUACUUACAUAUUAAAUAUUUAUUUUAAUAAUAUUUGUUUAAUAUUGUACCUAUUUUCCUGUUUUUCUUACGGUUUUUUACUGGUUUUUUCAUUUAUUAGCAAAACUCUUAUCAUAAUUAAAAUCUAAGCUUCUUAAUGUAUUACUACAUUAAGUACAUUUUCCCGUUUUUCCCAUUCAUUGGAUAUAUAGUGUAUCCAAACAGUGAAUUAAUUUAUAACUGAACAUAUUUCAUUUAAGGUACCCAAAUGUGCUGUGUCUAAAUAAUAUUUCAUAUAAUAAGUCUUAAAUUUUCCUGGUAAAUCAGCCUGGACUAAAUGACAGUCUGAUUCAGACAACACCUUAUCCAUACAUAGUUGGACACUUGUCUCAGUUUAGAUUUUAUUUUGGUUAUUGUAAAUUGUUUGAAACAUCUUCUCAAAGUAUUGCUCUUAUUAAAACACCAAACAAAAAGAUCUAACAUUUCUUGUCCCAUUGUUAAAGGUUAAAAGUUGAGAGUUUUGUAUACAUAUAACUAUUUAAUUUAUAUCUGUACGCAAUGAUAUAGAUCAUUACUAAAGAAAUACGAUUCUGAGCAUUGUUAUGUUAUACAUAUCUUUAAAUACCGUAAUUAAAUUAAAUUUAAGCAUAAAUAAUUUUGUACAUAUUAAACCAAUUAAAAACUUAAACAAACUCGAAAGUAUCAAAUACCUAUAAAAGUUUUAGUUUAGGUACAAAAAUGUCUAGUUUUUCCAUCAUUAAGAAAACAAAAAGGAAAAUAAGAAAUGACUUCAUCAAUGUAUUAUUUAAAUCUAAAAUUCUACAAAAAAGUUCAAUUGUCAAUUGAUAUUGAUUAAUCAAUAAAAACGGAAAAAAUAGUUUAGUUUAAAAUACUAUUAGUACAUUUAAAUUUAUUAAUUGAAAAUUAUAAUCAUGUUUAACUGCAAUAAUGGUUCUAAUAUAAAUAAUUCACAAAAUGUAUUUUCAUACAAUCCCAAAAUACUCGAUAAUUUCAAAUAGUGAUAAAUAACUAAAAUACCAAAAGAUAUUAAAUAUUGUACUACGUCUGUAAAGUGGUAAUAAAAUUAUUUGAUAACAAUUUAAAGUCUCUUCAAUCAUUUUUUAUUGUAUUUUCAUUGUAAGAAAAAAACAAAUUUGAAAUUCAAAAAAAUCUAGUUUUUCUGACGUUUCCCCAUAAAUUAAAAAAAUUAAGCAAAAUCAAUAAUAAAUUAUAUUCUUAAUAUAUUAAUGAGAUUUUCUAUCAGAAACCCAUGAUGCUGAUGAUUGAAACAAUAUUUCUGGUCAAAAGAAAAAAUAAAUAGUCAUAUUUUGCACGAUGGAUUGGCCGCUGCUUUGUUUGAGAAGUUAGGAAGGUAGAGGGGAAAUUGAAUGUAUGUACAUAAGUUGUACACAAUGAAUUAAAAUUAUUAAUGAAAAAUAAUUCUGAUCGGAGUUCGGAUGUACAUUUUUCAAAGGGCCGUAAUAUUUAAGAUUUACAAAUAAUAAAAUUAGUUAAUUUUUUUCGUUUUUCUUAUGUUUUGUCCGGUUUUAAAUUUAUUAUGAGAACCCCUGGGAAAAUAAAAAAAUGACGUCCCUAAAGUACCGCGUCAGUUCAAUUUCCUUUCAGAAAAAAUACUAUACUUGAAAAUUGGAGUCAAAUUACUGGUAGAAAAGUUAAUCACAGAAAAAAUUAUAAAAAAAACAUCAUUGUAAAACCAAAAAAUUCCUCGAACCGCUCAGAAUCUAAAAUAACACUUAAUAGUUACAUUCCUCAAUUCAUUCAAAAUCUUCGAAAUUUACGGACAAGGAUUAUUAGAAUAAACUAUUCACAGUAUUAGCUUAACUUUAACUCUAGGUAGAUAUUUAAUUUAUAAUCUUAUUUUAUAUAUAUUAUAAUCGAUAUUAAUACUAGUAUAAUAUAUUAUUACAUUAAUGCAUACAAUUAUGACCUAAUUAAAUAUUCCUAUUAAUCUAUAUUCUUACUUGUAGCACUUGAUAGCACGGUGCUUACACCAGAUGCAUUUUGCGAGAAAAAGCCAGCGUACGUCAGUAAUUUCAAUUAUGAGGAGGCAAAACAGAAAUUGGUAGAAGAAUAUGAUAAUCAUACUCGGAAUAUGUCCAAGGACAGGCUAAGGCGGUUUGAAGCUGGUAGACUUAACGAAUCAAAAGAUUCGGAACACAAAAAUGAUACAUAAAAUUUAUAUACUGCAUAUAAUAUUGUAUUUUAAAUAUUAAUAUGCAUAUUUUUUUGUUAUUAGAUUAUAAUAUUAUUAUCUAUACCUAUCUAUAAUAGGUACGAAAAAGUUUAUUUAAGAGUAUGAAUAUAUUUCACAAUAUUAUUUUGUUAAAAAACAAAAAAGUUUAAAUUGGAUAUUAUAUGUACAUUCUAAUCUAAUUUAUAUGUUUAAGUUUAAUAAAAAUAUUUAUAAAUUGUAUUAAUUAUAUUAAUAUCAAAGUAAAA